CAAGGUUGGUUGCAGUUGACUGGAAAUGGUUACGUCAAGUUAACGUACGGUUGUAAACAGUAUUAAUAUAAAUACCAGCAGUAUUGGCAAUAAAAAAUGUUGCAGAAUAGACUAAAAGAUAGCUAACAGCUGUUUACCAAUGUAAAAUAGAAAUUGUUUAAUUGUACAUCCAUAGAUCCAUCGUGCAACAUCAAGAAAGCUGCUCGAUUACAAUGUUUUCUAAGAACAUUCAUGUACUGUUUAUAAUAUUUACCGUGUCACUAUUUUGCUGGAAAUCGGGAUAUAAUAGUGUUGAAUCUCUAAAGGAAGCCAUAACAUUUAAAACGCCAGUAUUUUAUUAUAUUUCAAAAAGCGUAGAUAGUUUUAAAGGACUAGCACCAUUUGAUCUAUUUUUCAAGAUGUUAUGGCAGAUCGGCGGAAGUGUUUUGUGGUCAGACAGAUUAUUCACUAAAGAAGAGUUAAAGCAAUAUACGAAUCUAGAUAAGGGCUUGUACUUGGCUAUACUGGGCCGAGUCUAUGACGUUUCAACUGGAGCAAGACAUUAUGAACCUGGUGCUAAUUAUCAUGGCUUUACAGGACAAGACGGUUCAUUAGCUUUUAUAACUGGAAAUUUUGAUUCUGAUGAAUUCACCGAUGACGUUAGCAGUCUGUUACCGAAUCAGUUGCAAUCUUUACAAGAUUGGGUACAGUUCUAUGAUAAGACUUAUAUUUAUAAAGGGAAACUUAUUGGUCGAUUCUACGGACCUGACGGGAAUCCAACGAUGGAAUUUCAUAAACUACAAGAGAAACUAUCGGAAGCACAAAAUAUAAAGAUGGAUUUGGAAAAGCAAAAAGAAAUGUUUCCACCUUGUAACGUAGAGUGGAAAGCAGAUACAGGAACCACCGUAUGGUGUUCACAGAAUAGUGGUGGCAUUCAACGAGAUUGGGAGGGCAUCCCUCAGUUGCUGUUCGAAGAUAAAUCAGCACAUCGGUUUCGUUGUGCAUGUGUGAAUAUAAAUAGUAGAGAUUAUUUAGAAAACGAGAAAUCGUUUGAAAAGUACAAACAUUGUUCUGACGACUUAAAAGUAUGCAAACUGGAGAAUACGAGAAGUUAACGAAUGUUCAAUGGAGCUUUUCUCCAAGUUUGUAUAAAACCUGCUGCUUCUCAUUAAACAGCUAAGCAAAAAUAUUGACCGAGUUGCUGUCCAGAUCCAGUAAAUCGCAUUAAUAAAUUUAAAUUCUCGAAAAUUUAAAAA